AAACACUUGUAGACACUACACGGACACGCGCUGACAUGCACACAGAAAAAAAUAGCAAAAUGAUGACAAAGAUGAAAUGUGAAUAAUAAAUGCAAAGCAAACAAAACAAAAAAAAUAAACUGCCAAGUGAGAGCAAAACCCAGAAAGACACGAAAAUCUCAGCCGCGCCCAGCCCGGCCUAGGGCCGGCCGCACACAUGCGAUGCUUGCAUUGUGUUCGCCUCUGCAUCCGUUGGUAAUGUUGUUGCUAAGUUUUUUGCACUCCUCGUCGUCAUGGUAAUUCGGGCCUGAUGCAUGCUGGGAGAAUGUAAAAAUUUCUCUGCAUGCUUCUCUUGUUGGUUUGGUUUGGUGAAUUCCUAACGCCUUCUGUUGGAGUGUUUCUUGUCUUCCGUUCUGUUCUUCUCUUUUCGUUUUCUUUUCUUUCUUUUUUUUUUUUCCUUUUCUUUAUUUUCUUUUUCUUUUUUCAUUUUCCUGGUUUUGUUUCAUUUGGGGGGGGGGAUUGAUUGGUUCUUUUUCCCCCCUCCCAUUCCCUUUGCCCAGUCCCUUUCUCCCCCAAAGCAAUUAGUCUUUGGUUCUGUCUUGUUUCUGUGCUAUUUAGUUUUGGUUUCUUGGGCUGAGCUGUUCUGUGGUUGUUCUCCAAACGCAUUGUGAUUUAAAAGCCAGUGUUCCUGUCCCAACUAUCACCCAGGAGGGUGGAAGGGGUCCUGCAGCUAGGAUGCUGGGGCAGAAAGUGACCACCUAAGCACAAGGACACAAGGGAGGUAGCACAGAUGAAUGGCAGAAGGUCUGGGUGGGGUGUAUAAGGGGAGCAGCCUGAUUUGCCUGAACUCACUGGCCAGUCCUUUUUUCCUAAGCUAUCCCUCCUUUGGUGGCCAUGGUGGAAGGAAGCUCAAGCAGGCACAUUCCUAUCCUUCUGCCUCAGCAUUAGACUACCUGUUACUCUCCCCCAAAUAACCCCUCACCUCCCCCCCAAAAAACAGGCAUUUGAAUGUGCAUCAGCAUUUUGUGUUCUCACUCAAUUUAGUGAUAUCUCCAAAUGAAUAGUGAUCACCUUAAGAUGGGGGGCUCACAGCACCAUCCUUCCGGGACAAAAUAUGCUUGGCACAUGGCACCAGAAUGGCAGCUGGCAUGAAGACAUUAUACACUCUGUCUGGGCACACAUUCAGAAUUGCCCAUCGGGAAAAUGUAGAAUGACAGACUUUGAAAGAAAAGCUUGGCCAGUUACCUGGCCUGGAGUACUACAUCUCCACCUUCCAGGCAAUGGUGGCUGCUUCCCAUAUUUCCCUCAGACUCUGAGCCCAGUCACAGGCAUCUUUUGUCCAGCAACACAGCAUGGUCACUUUCUGAGUACCUGAGCGUCAGAGCUGUGGAAUUCUGGAGAAAACCUGUGGGCACCUUGGACACAGCCUCUCCCCUACUCUCUCUGCCUCCCAGACUCUCUCUCUGAUUCUCUCUUUCUCUCUCUUUCAGCUCUCUUUCUCUGUGUGUCUCUCACUCUUGCAAACCUUCAGAGAUACACACCCCCAUCUUCCACCUCCCCAAGAAAAGGCCCUUGAGAGGCCCACUGCAACCCCAAAUAAAAACCAGCCCCCAGUAAAAUAUCCAUUUAGAUUUCUAACCACUCACCCCCAGCUCAUUAUCCAAUUUAGAUGAUAGUGAAGGGCAGAGGUCAACCUCUUUGGGAUCCACCUUCUCUACACUCUCAAUUAUUAAAUUCAGAGCCAAGUUGGCAAGAGGACUUCAGAUGCAGUAAGAAGAGAUUUAUUUCUCCUAUCUCUUUAUUAACCCAGUGUGAGAGCUGCCAGGCUAACCCUCAGGAAAGCCCAAAAGAUAGGAGAAAGAGGUCUUCAGCCUCUUCACCAAAGCUGGGUCUUGGUGAAUUGGAACUGAGCACACUGAGGGUCUCUGAAGACGACUUGGAUAAUGAACAUUAAAAGUUACCCAUAGGAUUGUUAGAAGAUAGGGAAGGGCUUCAAGCAGAUGAUCUGGACAAUUCACUUCCCUUCUUUGGGUGGCCUCAGUUUCCCUGUUAUGUACUUCACGUGUCCACUGUUUGAAUAAGAUGGCAUCUGGGAGACUGUUUUAAAAGAAUUGUGGGGCAGAAGGUAGUUCAUUUGCUCAGACCUCAUUUUUCACUAGUGCUUUUCUGAGCUCAUCUCAUGAUCUCAUCUCCUGGCUCCAACUCCAUCUCUGUGAGGUGAGUGGCCUCCUUAGAGCCACAGCUGUCAACUUGCCCCCCACACCACCACUUCCCUAGGAAUUUCAGUGGCCACAGAAGGGGGCAUUAAAGGCCCUGCUCAAUUACUAGGUUGCCCUUGUAGAAAAGUGCCAGCUCACCAAAAGAGACAGGCUACCCAUCCUGCGCUGCCUUAAAGCUACAAGUAUUUACAUUGUUGCCUGAGCAGCCAGUCCCAGGAAUUAAUUCCAAGAAAUCCCUACUUUCAACCUAACUCUUCUUUUAACUGACAAUAUCUCCAACUGGGUGGUUCACAAGGUAGAAUAAUCAGACUUAUUUGUCCCCCCCAAAUUUAUCUCUGGUAUCCAAAGGACUGAAAUCAAAACCAUGCCCACUUUUAAAUAUGCAUAUAGCCAACAGAUUCACUCCCAAUAAAAGGAGUGACAUGUUGCUCAGGUUUUUGACAAGGUGGGAAAAUGAUCAGAUUAUAUUCUCCCUGGGAGUUAAUUUUCUUUUCUGUUUCUUUAAAGCCGUAAGCCUUUAAGGUAUGGGUUAGUGGGCAAAAGGUGGUAUCUUUACCGCUUGAUCUAGCAUUAUAGAACUAGGGUGCACUGGACCCAGUUAAAUGGUGCACCACCCACUUGAUGCCGGAAGAACUCAAACUAAGCUAGAGACAUCAGGGAAGUCAGUCCCUUUAAGGGACUUAGGAUAUCUUCAAGAUUUUAGAAGAGGCCAACGGGUCUGGAAUAGUUUAACACAAAGUCUCAAAUGCCAGUCUCAACCAGGACUUGAUACCUGGUGCCAUUAGGGUCUAGAUUGCCCCGAUUUCUAGGUCUUCUUCAGAACUCGUGACCCACACCCAGGCCUUUUCAGACUAAUCCAUAACAUGCAAUUUUAUGGGACAAAUUUGUUUUCAGAAUUAAAUUUCUAGCAUCCAAGCCCUAGAAUUUAUAGAUGUGGCCUUUCUAGAGGUUUUCCUUAACUCUUUCCUUAACUCUCUAAAUGGGUAGAUACAGGUAAUGGACCCAGAAUACUCCUGACCUCCUGUAUCCCAAGAAAGACCUCCAUUGGGGUGUACUGGCCAGCUUUCUAGUUUCUAUUCACUAUACUUGGCCAUUUGUCUCCACCCAGGGCCCCCAGCUUGACCCUGAGGGCAAGCAGUGCUAGAUCAGGACUCGGGCCUUCUCAUCCCCAGGAGGAGAAGGGACACCAGGAUUCCUUCCAUUUGGGCUUAGUGGGCGGCCAGGAGGGGGGCAUUCUGCAGGAACACUGAGCUCUGAACACCUCGCCUGCUGCCUGCCUCACACUGUUUGCAUUGCUGUUUCCUGGGGGGACGGGAAAGGGGACUAUUAGAUUACACCUUGUCAUUGGGAAAGUCCUGUGUCUCUGGCGGCCGCAGUGAGGGGGGUGGUGUGAGGGAAAUCAGUGGAUUGGCAAAAACUGGGAGGGACAAAAGGAGGAGAUAGAGAGGGUACCAAAAACCAACAACAAUAAAAAAAAAAAAAAAUGCCUCUAGUGCAGCUCAACGUUCAGCUCAAAAUGUCAACAACUUGCCAAGGCUGCUGGUCAGCCCAUGGACCAGGGUUCUAGCCAGGUCCCUCCUGGCCUUGCACGCUGUCUGGAUGGCGGAGGGAGCUGGCAGUGGGAGGGAGGGGAAGGAAGAUGCACAAGGCAGGCCAAGGGAAGGUGCCCAUCCUCCCUGGGCUGUGGGCUUGGGGCUCAAAGGAGAGGUCAGCCAUGGGCUUUGGAAUUAGGGCUCCAACCCCUUCCCUUCCCCCUCCCUGACAGGUGUAAUCUAAGCUUAAAUAACUCCCUUGGAGGCUGCACAACUUCUUGGCAUCUCUCCCCUGCCCUCCCCAUUCACAUAUUCAUUUUGGAGUUUGGAGAAGCAUCCAGAACCUUCUCUUACCCCAAAAUGCCCAGCAGAGCCCCAUCCCCACCCCCGCCACCUUGGAGCUGCGGCUUGCUGAAUUGUUGAGAUGUCUGACACUGUUGGGGUUCCCUACCUAGUGCUCCAACCAGAUCACCUCACUUUUAAGUUUCUUCCCCACCCUCUUUCACCCUCACUGCCCCUCCCCAAAGCCCUUUUUGGUUUUUUAGUUUCUGCCGCCUCUUGCCUGGGGGAGGGGUCGUCUCCUGGUUGCUUUGAUGGUUUUUGAGUUGUUUUUCCAUGUGAAUCGGGGUUUGAAGCGACCAUCCCCUACCCACCACCCACCCUCCCAACCCCGUCACCCACGUGAGUCCCCCCAACCCCCGCUGGGACCCCCGGCUACUCGGUGACGAGAAGAGCUGGAAACCAGAGCCAGCUGCAGCGUGCUGAGGACCAAGGCUGGUGUGGUCCCCUUAUAACCCGCCUGGACCCUCCAUUCAGUCCGCCGUGUGGCGCCUCGAUUCUCCAUUCUGCCCAUGAGCCACGAGAUCAUGCCAGGUGGCAACGUGAACAUCACCUGCGUGGCUGUGGGCUCUCCCAUGCCAUACGUCAAGUGGAUGCAGGGGGCUGAGGACCUGACUCCUGAGGACGACAUGCCUGUGGGUCGCAAUGUCCUAGAACUCACGGAUGUCAAGGACUCAGCCAACUACACAUGCGUGGCCAUGUCCAGCCUGGGUGUCAUCGAGGCAGUCGCCCAGAUCACAGUGAAAUCUCUCCCCAAAGCCCCUGGGACUCCCAUGGUGACAGAGAACACAGCCACCAGCAUCACCAUCACAUGGGACUCAGGCAACCCAGACCCUGUGUCCUAUUAUGUCAUCGAAUAUAAAUCUAAGAGCCAGGAUGGGCCGUAUCAGAUCAAGGAGGACAUCACCACAACGCGCUACAGCAUCGGUGGCCUGAGCCCCAACUCAGAGUACGAGAUCUGGGUGUCAGCCGUAAACUCCAUUGGCCAGGGUCCCCCCAGUGAGUCAGUGGUCACCCGCACAGGCGAGCAGGCCCCAGCCAGUGCCCCACGGAAUGUGCAGGCACGAAUGCUGAGCGCCACUACCAUGAUCGUGCAGUGGGAGGAGCCAGUGGAGCCCAACGGGCUGAUCCGUGGCUACCGGGUCUACUACACCAUGGAGCCCGAGCACCCUGUGGGCAACUGGCAGAAGCACAAUGUGGAUGACAGCCUCCUGACCACUGUGGGCAGCCUGCUGGAGGACGAGACCUACACCGUGCGGGUGCUGGCCUUCACCUCAGUGGGUGACGGCCCGCUCUCAGACCCCAUCCAGGUCAAGACACAGCAAGGAGUGCCUGGCCAGCCCAUGAACCUGCGGGCAGAGGCCAAGUCAGAGACCAGCAUCACGCUGUCAUGGAGCCCCCCACGGCAGGAAAGCAUCGUCAAAUACGAGCUCCUCUUCCGUGAAGCCGACCACAGCAGGGAGAUGGGAAGAACCUUCGACCCAACGACCUCCUUUGUGGUGGACGACCUCAAGCCCGACACUGAGUACGCCUUCCGCCUGGCGGCCCGCUCGCCACAGGGCCUGGGCGCCUUUACCUCGGUGGUGCGGCAGCGCACGCUGCAGUCCAAACCGUCAGCCCCCCCUCAAGACGUUAAAUGUGUCAGCAUGCGCUCCACGGCCAUUUUGGUAAGUUGGCGCCCGCCACCGCCGGAAACUCACAACGGGCCCCUGGUGGGCUACAGCGUCCGCUACCGAUCGCUGGGCUCAGAGGACCCGGAACCCAAGGAGGUGAACGGCAUCCCCCCGACCACCACUCAGAUCCUGCUGGAGGCCUUGGAGAAGUGGACCGAGUACCGCAUCACGACUGUCGCUCACACAGAGGUGGGACCAGGGCCCGAGAGCUCGCCCGUGGUCAUCCGCACCGACGAGGACGUGCCCAGCGCGCCCCCGCGGAAGGUGGAGGCGGAGGCGCUCAACGCCACGGCCAUCCGCGUGCUGUGGCGCUCGCCCGCGCCCGGCCGGCAUCAUGGCCAGAUCCGGGGCUACCAGGUCCACUACGUGCGCAUGGAGGGCGCCGAGGCCCGCGGGCCGCCGCGCAUCAAGGACGUCAUGCUGGCUGAUGCCCAGUGGGAGACAGAUGAUACUGCCGAAUAUGAGAUGAUCAUCACAAACCUAGAGCCUGAGACUGCAUAUUCCAUCACGGUAGCCGCCUACACCAUGAAAGGCGAUGGUGCUCGCAGCAAACCUAAAGUGGUCGUGACCAAGGGAGCAGUGCUGGGCCGCCCCACUCUGUCGGUGCAGCAGACCCCUGAGGGCAGCAUUCUGGCGCGCUGGGAACCCCCAGCCGGCACCACAGAGGACCAGGUGCUGGGCUACCGCCUGCAGUUUGGCCGCGAGGACUCAUCGCCCCUAGCCACACUGGAGUUUCUGCCCUCCGAGGACCACUACACAGCAUCGGGCGUGCACAAAGGGGCCACGUAUGUGUUCCGGCUGGCAGCCCACAGCCGUGGCGGCCUGGGCGAGGAGGCAGCAGAGGUCCUGAGCAUCCCCGAGGACACCCCCCGUGGCCACCCACAGAUCCUCGAGGCGGCCGGCAAUGCCUCAGCUGGUACCGUCCUGCUCCGCUGGCUGCCACCCGUGCCUGCCGAGCGCAACGGCGCCAUUGUCAAGUACACGGUGGCCGUGCGCGAAGCGGGUGCCCUGGGCCCCGCCCAAGAGACCGAGCUGCCAGCGGCAGCUGAGCCGGGUGCUGAGAACGUGCUCACGCUGCAGGGCCUCAAGCCUGACACGGCCUAUGACCUCCAAGUGCGAGCCCACACGCGCCGGGGCCCUGGCCCCUUCAGCCCCCCUGUCCGCUACCGGACGUUCCUGCGGGACCAAGUCUCACCCAAGAACUUCAAGGUGAAGAUGAUCAUGAAGACAUCAGUUCUACUUAGCUGGGAGUUCCCUGACAACUAUAACUCACCCACACCCUACAAGAUCCAGUACAAUGGGCUCACACUGGACGUGGAUGGCCGCACCACCAAGAAGCUCAUUACGCACCUCAAGCCCCACACCUUCUACAACUUUGUGCUGACCAAUCGCGGGAGCAGCCUGGGUGGCCUCCAGCAGACCGUCACUGCCUGGACUGCCUUCAAUCUGCUCAGCAGCAAGCCCAGCGUCGCCCCCAAGCCUGAUGCUGAUGGCUUCAUCAUGGUGUAUCUGCCUGAUGGCCAGAGCCCUGUGCCUGUCCAGAACUACUUCAUUGUGAUGGUGCCACUGCGCAAGUCUCGUGGAGGCCAGUUCCUUACCCCACUGGGUAGCCCAGAGGACAUGGAUCUGGAGGAGCUCAUCCAGGACAUCUCACGUCUACAGAGGCGCAGCCUGCGUCAUUCGCGCCAGCUGGAGGUGCCCCGGCCCUACAUUGCAGCCCGUUUCUCUGUGCUGCCACCCACAUUCCAUCCUGGUGACCAGAAGCAGUAUGGUGGCUUCGAUAACCGGGGCCUAGAGCCUGGCCAUCGAUAUGUUCUCUUUGUGCUUGCUGUGCUGCAGAAGAGUGAGCCUACCUUUGCAGCCAGUCCCUUCUCAGACCCCUUCCAGCUGGAUAAUCCAGACCCCCAGCCCAUCGUGGAUGGCGAGGAAGGGCUUAUCUGGGUGAUUGGACCUGUGUUGGCCGUGGUCUUCAUCAUCUGCAUCGUUAUUGCCAUUCUGCUCUACAAGAACAAACCUGACAGCAAACGGAAGGACUCGGAGCCCCGCACCAAAUGCCUCCUGAACAAUGCGGACCUUGCCCCCCACCACCCCAAGGACCCUGUGGAAAUGAGACGCAUUAACUUCCAGACGCCAGAUUCAGGCCUCAGCAGCCCCCUCAGGGAGCCGGGGCUUCACUUUGAAAGCAUGCUUAGCCACCCGCCAAUACCCAUCGCAGACAUGGCAGAGCACACAGAGCGCCUCAAGGCCAACGACAGCCUCAAGCUCUCCCAGGAGUAUGAGUCCAUCGAUCCUGGACAGCAGUUUACGUGGGAGCACUCCAACCUGGAAGUGAACAAACCCAAGAACCGCUAUGCCAAUGUCAUUGCAUACGACCACUCCCGUGUCAUCCUCCAACCCAUUGAAGGCAUCGUGGGCAGUGAUUACAUCAAUGCCAACUAUGUGGACGGCUACCGGCGUCAGAACGCUUAUAUAGCCACACAGGGGCCUCUGCCCGAGACCUUUGGUGACUUCUGGCGUAUGGUGUGGGAGCAGCGGUCAGCCACCAUCGUCAUGAUGACGCGACUGGAGGAGAAGUCACGGAUCAAGUGUGAUCAGUACUGGCCCAGCAGAGGCACGGAGACCUAUGGCUUCAUCCAGGUCACACUGCUGGACACCAUCGAGCUGGCCACAUUCUGCGUCAGGACGUUCUCCCUGCAUAAGAAUGGCUCCAGCGAGAAACGUGAGGUCCGCCAGUUCCAGUUCACCGCAUGGCCUGACCACGGUGUGCCCGAGUACCCAACGCCCUUCCUAGCUUUCCUGCGGAGAGUCAAGACCUGCAACCCACCUGACGCCGGCCCCAUCGUGGUCCACUGCAGUGCUGGUGUGGGUCGCACGGGCUGCUUCAUCGUCAUCGAUGCCAUGCUAGAGCGGAUCAAGCCAGAGAAGACGGUCGAUGUGUAUGGCCACGUGACACUCAUGAGGUCCCAGCGCAACUACAUGGUGCAGACCGAGGACCAGUACAGCUUCAUCCACGAGGCCUUGCUGGAGGCUGUGGGCUGUGGCAACACAGAAGUGCCCGCUCGCAGCCUCUAUGCCUACAUCCAGAAGCUGGCACAGGUGGAGCCUGGCGAGCACGUCACCGGCAUGGAACUUGAAUUUAAGCGGCUGGCCAACUCCAAGGCUCACACAUCACGCUUCAUCAGUGCCAAUCUGCCUUGUAACAAGUUCAAGAACCGCCUGGUGAACAUCAUGCCCUAUGAGAGCACGCGGGUCUGUCUGCAGCCCAUCCGGGGCGUGGAGGGCUCCGACUACAUCAACGCCAGCUUCAUUGAUGGCUAUAGGCAGCAGAAGGCCUACAUCGCAACACAGGGGCCUCUAGCAGAGACCACAGAGGACUUCUGGCGUAUGUUGUGGGAGAACAACUCAACUAUUGUGGUGAUGCUCACUAAACUGCGGGAGAUGGGCCGGGAGAAGUGUCACCAGUACUGGCCAGCCGAGCGCUCUGCCCGUUACCAAUACUUUGUGGUGGAUCCAAUGGCAGAAUACAACAUGCCUCAGUAUAUUCUGCGAGAGUUCAAAGUCACAGAUGCCCGGGACGGCCAGUCCCGGACUGUCCGGCAGUUCCAAUUCACGGACUGGCCAGAGCAGGGUGUGCCAAAGUCGGGCGAGGGCUUCAUCGACUUCAUUGGCCAAGUACAUAAGACCAAGGAGCAGUUCGGCCAGGAUGGCCCCAUCUCUGUCCACUGCAGUGCCGGUGUGGGCAGGACGGGCGUCUUCAUCACACUCAGUAUCGUGCUGGAGCGCAUGCGGUACGAGGGUGUGGUGGACAUCUUCCAGACUGUGAAGAUGCUGCGAACACAGCGGCCGGCCAUGGUGCAGACAGAGGAUGAAUACCAGUUCUGUUAUCAGGCGGCUCUGGAGUACCUUGGAAGCUUUGACCACUAUGCAACCUAAAGCCAUGGUCCCCCCUGGCCCGACACCACUGGCCUUGGACACCUCUGCCCCGCCUGGGCGGAACCCCGGAGGCCUAAAACCCCAGCGGGCAGGGCGGGAAGAGGAGGAGGAGGCGGCUGCAUUUCUGAGCAGUCUCCAGGGACGAUGCGGCCCCUCAAUUCCCCGCAUGGCCCGGCUGACCCAGCGACCUCCCUGGCACCGGCCGCCUGCCUUCAAAUACUUGGCACAUUCCUCAUUUCCUUCCAAUUCCAAAAUAAGAGAUUCCGGGGUGGGGGGUUGGGGGGCUGGUGAGCAAACAACGGUAUACCCCAGAACCAGAGGACAGUGGGGCACAGACCAUGGACUGACCUCUGGUCCUGCCCAGGAACCUGGGAGGCUCCUCCCUGCCCUGCAACCUAAAGGUGCUGGGCUGGGGGGCAGAACCCAGCUUUCUUUUAAAAUUCUCAGUGUAACUGUAUCCCGUGACAUUUCUUUAUUUUUUUUUUUUAAAUGGUGUAUUUUUUUUUUCAUUUUUUUAAAACAACAAACAAAAGACUUGCCACUCAACGAAUUUAAAAAGAACAACUUUGCUUUUUCAUAUUCUGUUCAAAGACAGUCUAUUUUUUCACUGUAGAAAACGUCCUUGUGUGAUAGUUAUGUUUGCAAACGUGUGCGCUGGGUCCAUGGCCGCUCCUCUGCUUUUCAUUUUGCCCUACCAUCAGAAGGUAUGCCUCGCUCACGUGAAAGAAUGGGACGUCCUUUUGUUCCUGGUUUCUUUUCUUUUUUGCUUCCCCUCCUUUGUUUUCAUUUUUUCUAAAUUAAAUUUUCAGACAUAUCAAGUAUAGGUCUAAGGGUGGGGCUCUGGGGGUACUUGGUCCCUGCUGUCAAGGAGAUGGCCACAUACCCCCCACUAUGGCAGCUGAGCUCCUGCCUCCGGCCCCCAGUGAGGAGGCUGACAUAAGGGAGAGCAGCUGUGUGCUACCCCACAUCAGGGAUUCCCCCUGGGACAAUGGGGCAACUUGGGGGGAAAGCCAAAAGAUGGAACCCCCUCUCCCCACCCUGAGCAAGUGAGUUUUUUUCUUUUGUACAAGAGCAGAGCUGCGGUUACUUUCAACUUUACUCAAGCGGAAACAGCUGGGUGGUUGUCCCACCUCUGUGUAUGUAGAUAUAUCGACUUUGUAUUAAAGGAAGAUCGUCCGA